AUGUCGGAAAAAGACGAACACGACCACGCAUCGACACACUCUGCUUCUACUUCGGAUGCCAGCUCCAACAUUGAGAACCCCGCAUCGCGGACACAGGCCCCUCCCGGAGGUCUUGCGGAGUCUAUCAAGUCAAGACUGAGGUCAAAAUCAAACCCGGAUGCACCAGAUCUUGACCGCGUCCACUCUGCGAGGUACCCAGACGACAACACUGUGUAUCACAGUCACAGUGACGACGACGAGACAGAUAAUUCAUCCGUGGCUGCCGAUGAUGCCGAUACUAUUUGGGAGGUAAGAGGCGGGAUCGCGAACGAGCGGGAUGUGGACCUGGAAAGAGGCCAGCAUCCAGCGUCGGAGCUAGAGAAGUCCACGACGGCACGAUCCACGAAAUCUCGUCGUGCUGGCAAGCUAGUAACAUGGGAUGGCCCUGAUGAUCCAGAAAACCCUAAGAAUUGGCCCAACAAGAAGAAAUGGGCUGCCACCAUUACUGUCUCCAUGUUCACUUUCAUUUCGCCCGUAUCUUCUUCCAUGGUAGCACCGGCCUUGACCACUAUCGCCGCGCAAUUCAACGUCACAGACCAAAUCGUCUCCCAGCUCAUGCUUUCUAUUUUCGUUCUUGCCUACGCCGUUGGCCCGCUCUUUCUCGGACCCCUUUCAGAGAUCUAUGGCCGUACCAUCGUUCUCCAGCUAUCCAACCUAUUUUUCCUGAUCUUCAAUAUCGGCUGUGGCGUGUCCCAGACUAAGACGCAGUUGAUCAUUUGUCGAUUCUUUGCAGGACUCGGCGGGAGUGCUCCACUCGCAGUUGGCGGCGGUGUUCUAUCUGACUGCUUCAAACCAGAAGAGCGAGGCAAGAGCAUCGCCAUUUACAGCCUUGCCCCGCUUUUAGGACCUGCCCUCGGCCCUAUCGCGGGCGGCUUCAUUGCUGAGAACACUACUUGGCGCUGGGUCUUCUACUCGGUGUCGAUUGCAGACGGGCUCAUCCAGCUCAUGGGCCUCUUCUUCCUGCGCGAAACCUACGGCCCUCGCAUCCUACGUACUCGAGCCAAGCGUAUCCGCAAGGAGACCGGCGACAACUCCUACCUAACCGAGGCAGAAAUGCAGAAGAAGACGCUCGCUCAAGUCCUCCGCGGGUCUCUUAUCCGACCUUUCCGUCUACUGCUCACCCAAUCCAUCGUCCAAGUGCUAGCUUUCUACAUGGCCUACGUCUACGGCAUCAUGUACCUCGUCCUCUCCACCUUCCCAGCUCUCUGGACAAGCGAAAAAUACUACAACGAGUCCAUCGGUAUCGGCGGCCUCAACUACAUUUCCCUUGGUGCCGGUUUCUGGUGCGGGUCGCAGAUCUGCGCCCCGCUCAACGACCGCAUCUACAAGCGCCUCAAAGCCCGCAACAACGGCGUUGGCCGCCCAGAGUUCCGCGUGCCCCUCCUCGGCGUCGCUGCCAUCUGCCUGCCCACUGGCCUCUUCAUCUACGGCUGGACCGCUCAGACACACUGCCACUGGAUCGCGCCCAAUAUCGGUGCCGCGAUCUUCGGCGCAGGCACUAUCAUUUCCUUCCAGUGCAUGCAGACCUACAUUGUCGACGCGUAUACACGCUUUGCAGCUAGUGCGCUUGCGGCAGGCGCAUUCCUGCGUUCCCUGGCGGGCUUUGGUUUCCCGCUUUUCGCGCCGUAUAUGUACGACAAGUUACAUUAUGGUUGGGGGAAUAGCGUGCUGGCGUUUGUUUCGAUUGCUAUUGGGAUUCCGGCGCCCAUCUUUCUAUGGAAGUUUGGCGAGUUGCUCCGGAAGAAGAGUACAUAUGCUGCCGGUUAA